AUGGGCCGAUUCGGGAAUCAAGUAGACCAACUCUUGGGAACAAUCUCUUUUGCAAAGGGCCUCGAUCGAACCCUUGUCUUACCACCAUUCAUCGACUUUGCCAAACCGGGAAAAGCGCAAAUGAUUCCCUUUGAAGAUGUCUAUCAACCGAAAUUCCUCUCUCAAUAUCUCAAAGUGAUCACUCUGACCGAAUUUAAACGAGAUAUUGCUCCAACGGUUUGGCCGAAAGAAAGCAGAAAAGCUCUUUGUUGGAGCCCACGAGAAUCUUUCUAUGAAAAGAAUGCUCCGUCGGGAUGUCACGCAAAAGAAGGGAAUCCUUUUGGACCAUUUUGGGAUUAUGCUGGAGUUGAUUUUGUUGAUGAUGAAUUUUAUGGGAAGAUUGAGGGUGGCUAUGAUCUUUCGACACGAGGCGCGAAGAGUGCAUGGAAUGAGCUAUAUUCAUCAUCCGAUCAUCCAGUUCUCGCUUUCACCGGCGCUCCCGGCGCUUUCCCGUCGAAGAGAAAGGAUUGGGAAACGCAAAAGUUUUUGAGAUGGAAUGGAAAAAUCCUUCGAUCUGCUCGAAAAUUCAUCAACGAGACCCUUCAGAGGCCAUUUGUUGGCAUUCAUUUGAGGAACAAUGUUGAUUGGAAAGGCGUCUGCGAACACAUUCAUUCCGAUCGAAAAGAUCAUUUAUUUGCCUCGGCUCAAUGUUUGGGUGAUCAUCCACAAAAGGGAGAUUUCACGAAAGAGAUCUGUGCCCCAUCGGAGAAAACUGUCAUUGAGGCGGUUGUCGACAAAGUGGGCAGUAUCGGUGCUCGAUCGGUUUUCGUGACGAGUGACAAGGAUUAUAUGAUGAUCCCAAUUGGAGAAGCUCUGACUGCGUAUGAUGUGAAAGUGUUCACUCUAAAAGAUGAAGAUCCAUUCAUUGCAUUGGCCGUCCUUCAGGAAUCCGAUCACUUCAUCGGGAAUUGUGUCUCCACUUUUUCAUCGAUCGUCACCCGUCAUCGUCAAUAUUCCUAUUCUCAGCCAAGGCCUUCUUCAUAUUUUGGCCACCAUCCACGUCCGGAUCAAUAUAUUCCAUCAAAGAAAAUCGAGCUU